AUGUCAGCGUGGCCACAAGCCACUUUGGGAAGCCAAACAGCCAAAUACAAAUCUCACAACUGGGAGUUCCUGGUGGCCGUUUUGGUCGCAGCCAUAUCCAUCUCUAUUCUCAUAGCCUUUCUGGCUAAAUGCCAGGUAGUGCGGAGUUACCUGGCCAGCUACAGGCACACACGGCUGAGGGAGAUAGACAGCGUCAGCCAGUGUGACUCGUCAGGGCUGGAGGUGGAAUUCGCCAUGCACAAUGGACGUGGCAUUAACCCUCACUGCAUCCCUCCUGUGAUCGAGGAGGACGAUGACGGCUUCAUCGAGGACAACUACAUCCCGGCCAGCGAGAGAGCGAGGGCUGAAAGAGCAGCGGAGAACAUGGAGGACACAGAGGACACAGAGGAAGAGAUGGAUGAAAUUGAAUUCACCAUCGCUUAG